UGCUUAACGUGCUUCUCGCGCUGCCUGCUCUUCUCCCGGAAAUACCCGUGAGCCUGUGAGGUGCCUGUUUUUUUUCCCCACUAGACAAUGAAUGACUGGGCCCCCAUAGCAAAGGAGUACGACCCCCUCAAAGCCGGGAGCAUUGAUGGAACGGAUGAAGAGCCCCACGACCGCGCCAUAUGGCGAGCUAUGCUGGCACGGUACGUCCCCAACAAGGGAGUUACCGGAGAUCCUCGCCUCACCCUGUUUGUGGCCAGGCUUAAUCUCCAGACAACAGAAGAGAAGUUAAAGGAGGUCUUUUCCCGGUAUGGGGAUAUUAGGAAGAUCCGUCUGGUUCGAGACCUGGUGACGGGAUUUUCUAAGGGUUAUGCAUUUGUUGAGUACAAAGAGGAGCGUGCUCUCUUGAAGGCCCACAGAGACGCCAACAGGCUGGUUAUCGAUCAGCAUGAGAUCUUUGUAGAUUUUGAACUGGAAAGAACUCUCAAAGGAUGGAUUCCUCGGAGGCUUGGAGGUGGUUUUGGAGGGAAAAAAGAAUCUGGGCAGCUGCGGUUCGGAGGACGGGACAGGCCCUUUCGAAAGCCCAUCAAUUUGCCAAACAUGAAAAAUGACUUCUAUGGAGAAGGAUCCGCAGAGAAAAGAAACUGGUCUCGUGAGGGAACAAGGGACUGGAGAACAAGGGACCGAGACCAUGAAAGGAGCAGGGACAAGCGAUGGCCAGAAAGGGAGAGGUCAUGGACUUGGGGUGAAAGUGAGAGAGACUCCAAAGAGGAGAGGAGCAGAGGGAGGGAGAGGAAGGACAGAGACAGAAAGGACAGGGAUAGAGACCGAAGCAGGGAACAAAGAGAUGAUGAUAAGCAUCGAUAGGUGACAGUGCCUUGUC